UUACCAGAUUGUUCAGAAGAUGAUUUCGCGUAUGAUCUAGAUCCUGCUGGAAGUUUUAUGGACAGUUCAUAUCAAGUUAUAAAAUGGCAGUUAUAUCAAUCUAAUAAAUGGACGCCACUCACUGACUCAGAACUCAAAGAUUUACCCCAACCCACAUUUCGUGUUGAUGCAGAUAAAGGAUUUAAUUACUCACCCUCAGAUGAAUCCUUUGUGUGUCAGAAGAAGAACCAUUUUCAAGUCACAGUACAUAUUGGUAUGCAUGGUCAUGCUAAAUAUGUCCGAACAACAGAGGGAGUCAAGAAAAUAGAUAAUUUCUGUCUACAUUUUAAAGGCAUCAAGAUGGAGUCACCUACACAAACUAUUAAAGUAGAACAAUCACAAUCAGAUCGCAGCAAAAAACCUUUUAAUCCUAUCAGAGUUGAUUUGGCAGCUGAUCAAGUAACAAAGUUCACAGUUGGUAGAUUACAUUUCUCAGAAACCACAAGUAACAACAUGAGAAAGAAAGGAAAACCUAAUCCUGAUCAGAGAUAUUUUAUGUUAGUGGUAUCACUACAAGCCCAUUGUGGUAAUACUGAUUAUAUGGUAGCUGCUAGUAACUGUGAACGUAUUAUUGUUAGGGCAUCAAAUCCAGGUCAAUUUGACAGUGAUGUCGAUGUUUUAUGGCAGAAGGGACAUACUCAAGAAUCAGCCUACCAUGUGGGUAAGGUAGGGGUCAACACUGACCAUCCCGAAGAAGCUUUGACAGUCCAUGGUAACAUCAGACUGACCGGUCAUCUCAUGCAACCAUCAGAUAUUAGAGCUAAAGAGAAUUUUAAAGAGAUUAAUUCUAAAGAACAAAAAGAGAAUGUAGAGAGGAUUAAGAUCUAUAAAUAUAAUUAUAGUGAAGAUUUUGCUGAAUCCGCUAAUUUACCGCCUAAUUUCCGUGAAGAUACUGGUGUAUUGGCCCAGGAAAUACGAGAAGUGUUACCUGAUGCUGUACAGGAAACAGGAGAUGUUGUAUUACCUAAUGGUCUUACUAUUGAUAACUUCCUAGUUGUUGAUAAGGAUCGUAUUUUUAUGGAGAAUGUUGGAGCUGUAAAAGAACUCUGUAAAUUAACAGACAAUCUAGAAAUUAGAAUUGAUGAAUUAGAAACCAUGAAUACCAAAUUAUUAAAAUUAAAACGUUAUGAUAGUUUAAAAUCUACAGCUAGUAGUAAAUCAUGUUCGAGUAUUAGUACUGUCAGGUAA